AAUCCCAUAUCUUGUAGUUUCGUUUCGUGUCAAACAUAAAGUAAAGGAACACAGUGACCCAGUAACCUUCCCAAAAUACAAAUGGAAAGUGACCCGGGAACCUGUCGCUUCGAUUAACAAGAUAUUAUCGGAUUUGCCUUCGUCUUUUGCCAUCUGGGUUCUUUUUAGCUUCAUGCUUCUCUCAUUGGAAAUCUCAAAAAGGUCAAAGCCUGCCCUUGUGUUGUGUUGAAGCUUCUUUGUUUUGUUGUUCAUGCGAGCUCAUGGGUUAUCAUCAAUGAGCAGUUCAAUUACAACCAGACUGGGUUACCCGUAAACCUUGUAAUGAGUUGGUUUGCAUGCCGGUGUUGAUUAGCCCUAGUUACUUGACCUAAUCAAGAGAUCUACUGCAAUGUCAGUUGCACCAGUUGAGAAUAUGGCAUCUUUGAACACAGAUCUUUUCUACGAUAUAUUGAGGCGUCUUGAUGGACCGACUUUGGCUAGUGCAGCAUGUGCUUGUGCAGCAUUCUGUUCCAUCUCAAAAGAAGAGAGAUUAUGGGAAGAUGUGUGCUCUUCUAUGUGGCCUUCAACUAAUAGGGAGGAUGUCAAAAGUUUAAUAUUAUCCAUUGGUGGAUUCAGAAAGUUCUAUGCUGAUUGUUUUCCCCUUAUAGUAAACAAGGAAGUUUCAGAGUAUCAAUGGAAUGACUACCUUGAAUACCCUGAGGAAUGGACUGAGGCUGAAUACUACGGCGACAUGGAUGAAUUUGAAAGUAUUUCACCAUCGGAUUUUGUUUCUCUUGUGGACAUCAGGUACAAGGAUAAAAUAAUCUGCUCAAAAGUUCUUUGGGGCAUUCCAAAUGCAAAUGGCUUCAAUGGUUGGUUUUACAACUGCCCCUUUCGGAUUGAUCUUCUUACUUAUGCUGAUAGAGACGAUGACAACGAUGGUGAGGUUUUCCUUUCUGUUGCUGAUGGUCUUCCACCAAUUACUUCUAUGGAGACAGAAAGGAAAGAUGGGAAGUUGUGGCGGGGGCUUCGUGAUGGACUCCGGCUUAGUUGGAUUGUUGUAAAUAAGAAAAUAAAGCAAGCUGCAAAUCUUGCUAGCUGGUGCCCUCUUGGAGGUCAAAGGCAUUGGCCAACAGACAAGGAUUUUGUGAUUCGCUUUGGAUCCAUCCUUCCUGCCAGAGACAUCCUUCCAUGUCAAGUAGUAGAAUGCAUCCUUAGUAUGAAGUUCAGAGUGAUUUAUACUGAGGGUGAAGGUGUACAGACAACUCUUAAGUUAACAGAAUUAAGCAUGCAGCUGGAAGACAUGGAAGGCUCUCACGUCAAUGGAAGAAACAGUUUGCUUAUUCUUAAGGAAGCAUUGAGCUGCCGUCGGAGCAAAAACUACAGCGAAGUUCUUGAAUCUUGUCACUUAUACUCGAAGGUACAGAACGAGCUAAAAGAGGAGAAGAUGAGAAACGAAAGCAGGUUAGAUAGACUUUGCAUCUUAAGUGGCGUUGCUGCAUUCGUAAGCUUCUGUUACUAUGUUUUGUGAACAAGUGCCUCUUUUGGUUUGACACUGUUAACUGUAACAGCCCUAACGAACAUUUCACGAUUGUACUCUUCUCUAAUGUAAAAUUCAAUUUUGCUUCAAUUAAUCUAAGGUUCUUGCCCUUUUUU